AUGGCGUUUUGCGGCGCCGACAUCACUGCGAUGCUCGCGACGGCCCCGAACGGCUCUUUCAACGGAGCUGGUGCUGUGCAGAUCCGCGAGUGGGUUGAUUUCGUGCUGAGCGUGGACCCGAAUCCCUCGUCCAAGCACGAUUUGUUCUACUACGUGGCUGUGUCCCGCCUGUUGGCCGAGGCUGUUGGGAGCAUCUCCCCGUCCGACUUCGAGGACCCUCACAUGCGUGACAUGAUCAAGGGCUCCAUGGCCAUCAAUGACGUGCCUUACGCGUCAGAGCCAGAUGAAAAAUGGAAGACGUGGAAGGUGGUUCCAGCCCAGAUUGCGUUCGCCCUGCGCGUGCAGGCGAAGUGCGCCCAGGCAGCCCUGCCAGCUCCCACCGCCACGUUCCAGCCUGCCACGGAAUCCAUGACCGGGAUGGCCGAGGCCGUGAAGCAAUUUGCUGAACUGCAAAGCCAAGCGCUGCAGAAAGGCAAGCCGAAAGGCCUCAGCUUCAAGCUGCAGGACAGGCUGGUCGAAACCGGCAUGCAAGAUUUCGCCAGGGGCACCCUCCCAUCAGAGGAAGUGCUGGCCAAGUUCGAGGCUUCAGGCAAGAUUGCCCGCGACAAAGGCCGCCACUGGGUCGGGUCCGCAGAGGGCGAGGACUUACGCGAGCACCACCGCCCGCAGUGGAGCCGCACGCCAGUCGUGGAUGCCAUCAUCGGCGGCGGGUCCUACGAGGACAGGGUGAAGCAGUCUGCUGCCGUAAAGCGGUCUGGUGCAUGGGUGGGCAAGAUUGACUACAUCAGUUUCGCGACGUUCAUGGGGCACCUGAACGAGCGGGGUUUCAAGCUGAUCCUCACCAAGGCGUGCAAGAUGUCAGAUUUCUUUGCCUACUCGAACAACAUCAUCCGCAUUGCCGAAGACCUCGGCGGCGUCAGGACAGAGUUCCAGUACGACGUCCUUCAGCGGAAGGCCAUGGCGCAGGCCCUCGAGAGAGACGAAAAAGACCUGACAUUGUUUUUCACGGAAAUCGACAGGAGCAUCCUGAAGGGCGCCAGCGCUUCGCCGAGACCGCCAGGGCUGGCGGAGCGCAGAAGGGUUCGCACAAAGGAUUUUCGCGCGAGCUCCGGCGGCAAGGGCGCGAAGAACGACAAGGGCGGCGAUGACAGGCGCCCGCGGUCGCCCGAGAGGCGCCCCAAGGGCAGCACGAGCAAGGGCCACCCCCGCUCCAGGAGUCCGCGCGCCACCGCGCACGGCAGCAGCUGGGAGAAGCGCUGGUGGAAGUGA